GAGGUCCAUCGGCUGAGCAAAGAAAGCCUGAGAGCUGAACUGGAGAGCAAGUGGGAGGGGGAGAGAGGGAGUCUGGUGGCUCAACAUACACACACUGUGGACUGUCUGAGGCAGGAAUUGGAAUCAGCCCACGCUGAGCUGGACAAGGUCAAGGCCGCCUACGUCCAGACGUGCCAGGACUCCGCUGUCUCCGAGGCUGACCUUCGCCGUGACCUUGAGGGACAGAAG